CAUUGUCAUUUGCCACAUCUCAACUUCACUAUUUAUCCCAUGUCACAUUCAUUCUUUUUUCUCUUUUUGUUCAUUUGCCUCCAUUGUUCUUCUUUACUUAUUCAAAGUAUAAUCAUCAGUGACAUUUCGUAGCUUCACCUUCAUUGCCAUGGACUAUCCACAACAACCAGAUACUAACAACUUUAGCGAUGGAAUGGAAUAUCAACCACUCACAACUACUUCUACUGUCGACCAUGAAACAAGUACAAUGUUAUCAAACAAAACAUUAGAUAACGUAGUCGCAGACAAUUUAGGUGCCUUACUCGAUGUUGCCAUGGUUGACCAGGAUACGUUGGAAAGAGACAUUAUAUCCAAGGCCAGCAAGGCACUUGAUGCAAAGGAAAACGCUAUGAAUAAAAAGCGAUUGGAAAAGAUACUCAAGAAUGUAAAUAAAAUUCGACUAGAGAUAAAGAAGCUUGAAAGUAAUCGGAGGAAGCUGGAGCGGGGAUCAUUUGCGCUAUCCAACCUGGAGGAUCGGUUAAACGCUUUGAAUGAAGAGCUUGCGCAAGCAGAGCUAGAUGGAGCUGAUAUAACUGAGAGAAUCCGCGCACGGAAAUCAGGAGCACCCUUACCCUCACAGCUUACAUCUUCUGCAACAUCUACGGCUUCGGAGCAGAUGGAUGGCGAAUCCCAGCGUGAGUACCUAAUUCGCACAGGUAAAAUUACGCCGUUUGCCGCCAUAUCGGGCCUGGAAAAGUCAAAACAGGGAGAACCCUCUACCUCGUCCUCUGGAUUCAAGAUUGCAGGCACAUCAAUGCCUGUAGAAGAAGGUCCUAAGUCUCAUGUCCACCUGGCUCGGCCCUCGUGGAGUUUAAUCGGCAGGAGUUUGAAAAGAGAGGACGAAAACAAAACUUACGUUCAAAACAAUGUGGUGCCUGCGGAGCGCUCUAGUAUGCGGAAAGCAAGGAGCAGAAUUGUUUCGGCAAUCGGCCGUAGUGAAAGUGAGUUUCAUGACGAUGAUAACGACAAAAAUUAUGAGAGCAGUGAAGAUACGCUCGAUCCGGAUUUUGUAGGAGCGAGCGAUGAUGAUUAUUCGGAUAUCCAGGAGAUUGUGGAUGACGACGACUUCAAGCUAGAUGACGGCGAUAAUGACAUUCCCCUGAGUUCAAAAAAGAGAGCUAAGGGCGGCGCAGCAUAUAGAUCUCUUUGUGAUGAUGAUGGGAAUGAGAUGAACUAUCAAAAACGUCUUUAUGACUGGGCACAGAAGCGAAGACACCUUCGUUGGCGUAUCAAUAAUCCCGAUGCAUCCUUAGAAAAGGACGUGAAUGAAGGAUGGGACAAUCCUGAGCAAAAGUUGGAGCCUGCCCUCGAAAUGAAUAACCCCCAUCCGAGCAUACCAGAUGCAGAACUGGAAGGUGGCUACAAGAUUCCAGGGGACAUUUAUUCUAACCUAUUUGACUAUCAAAAGACCUGCACACAAUGGCUCUGGGAACUCCAUUGUCAAGGUGCGGGGGGGAUCAUAGGUGACGAAAUGGGCUUGGGAAAGACAAUCCAAAUAAUCUCGUUUUUGGCCGGGCUUUUAUACAGUGGCAAUCUAGAGGCACCCAUCAUUAUUGUGUGCCCAGCUACGCUUCUGAAGCAAUGGGUCAAAGAAUUUCAUCGAUGGUGGCCCCCGAUGCGUGUGGCAAUUCUACAUUCUAGUGGAAGUGGUAUGCAUAGCAGUAAUAACGACACAUAUCAUGAACGGGAUGAUGACUCCCACGAUUCAUUUUCUGACGGGUAUAGCAGCGGAAGUGUCAAAAAGAAACGCAGGGGGAAAAACCGGUUUGGAGGAAGAGCUCGCCGUGGAAGAGCAACAGAAGAGAAUGAGGAGCGCACAGUCGCAGAUGACAUUAUUGAUCGUAUUAGCUCCAAAGGUCAUGUCCUUGUCACAACAUAUGCUGGCCUCCGCAUUCAUGCGCGGCGGCUCUUGCGGAAAACCUGGUCCUACAUUGUCUUGGACGAAGGACACAAGAUUAGAAACCCCGAUGCGGACAUCACACUGACGUGCAAGCAGUUUAGGACGCCGCAUCGGAUUAUUCUGUCAGGGACACCUAUUCAGAACAACCUGAACGAACUGUGGUCGCUCUUUGACUUUGUGUUUCCUGGUCGACUUGGCACAUUACCCGUCUUUCAAUCUCAGUUUGCGAUCCCUAUCAACUUAGGGGGAUAUGCGAAUGCGAGUAACCUACAGGUUCAAACAGCUUACAAGUGUGCAUGUGUAUUAAGAAAUUUGAUUAACCCAUACCUAUUGAGGAGAAUGAAAGCCGAUGUAGCAUCAGAUAUGCCCAAGAAGUCGGAACAAGUUUUGUUCUGUAAACUGACUCCACCACAGAGAUCGGCAUAUGAAGAAUUCUUGAAGUCUAACGAACUAACAUCAAUCAUGGAGGGCAAGCGACAUGCCUUGUAUGGAAUUGACCUUGUUCGCAAGAUUUGCAACCAUGCAGAUAUUCUGGCGCGUGAAAAGCACAAAAACGAUCCAGAUUAUGGUCAUUAUAGUAAAAGUGGCAAGAUGGUGGUUGUAAGGGCGUUAUUACAGAUGUGGCAAAAAGAGAAGCACCGUGUAUUAUUGUUCUCCCAGACAAGGACCAUGCUCGAUAUUCUUGAAAAAUUUAUCAAGAGCGAAGGCUACAGCUACAGGCGCAUGGAUGGCACAACGCCAAUUCAAAACAGAAUGAGUUUGGUGGACGAAUUUAAUGCAAGAGACGACAUCUAUAUAUUUCUGUUGACGACUAAGGUUGGUGGUCUGGGUGUAAACCUGACAGGUGCAGACCGGGUUAUUAUUUUUGACCCGGACUGGAACCCAUCGACAGAUGUGCAGGCACGGGAGCGUGCUUGGAGAUUAGGCCAGACUCGAGCGGUGACAAUCUAUCGACUGAUGACUUCAGGAACCAUUGAAGAAAAGAUCUACCAUCGUCAAAUUUUCAAGCAGUUUCUGACUAACAAGAUCCUCAAGGACCCAAAGCAGCGACGGUUUUUUAAGAGCCAUGAUAUGGCUGAUUUAUUUACUCUUGAAGGUGAAGAUGCGGUCGGAACAGAGACUGGAGGGAUUUUUCAGGGAUCUGAAGUGUCCAUUAAAUCAAAUCGAAGCAAGUCAAAGUCAUCUAGACGAGGAGGAGACAGCCUGGAGGAACUUUCGCAACUCGAUGGUGUACGCAAGAUUGAAAAGUUCAAAGCUCCACGCGAGUCGAGUUCUCUUCCAGGCGGGGUCAAGGAUGAAGGGGAUGAAGAGCACAACCUUAAGAAAGCAAACAAAUCUGUUAGAGAUACAGACCAUUCGCAAGAUUCAUCUGAGAUCAACAUUCUCACGAGUUUGUUUGAAUCCUCGGGAGUGCAUAGUGCAUUGAAACAUGAUGAAAUUAUGGACUCUGCCAAACAGGAAAGACUGAUUGUUGAGCGAGAAGCAACAAGAAUGGCAGAACGUGCUAUGGCAGCAUUGAAGGAGUCCAGAAAGAGGCGAAGGCGUCAAGAACUUGACGUGCCGACCUGGACAGGGAAGUCAGGGUCUGCUGGGGCGCCCAAGGCUUUCUUGAUGCACCAACAAGAUAACGAGAGGCGUCUUCAGUCUUCACCCUCUUCAUCUAAGCCAAGAUUUGGAACAACCAACGCAUUCAACCCUAGUGUUGCCGCUGCAAUGAGCGACAGCUCACCAUCAAAAUUCGGACGAACAGAGUUGAAAGGCCCGCGAUCCGGUUUUGGCGCGCCCUCUUCUGUGAAUACAACCAGUUCUUCAUCUUUGUUAGCCGGUAUGCUCGAGCGUAGACGAUUGGAGCAAGAUAAUGGUAGAAACGCUGCAGCUAGAUCUUCGCGAUUGUCUCGCGGUUCUUCACCCAACAUGUCUGAUACUACGUCGAUACUAUAAAAUGAGUCUCGCGGCUACAUACUCUAAUAGAACAUUUUUAGCGCUAGCACGUUGAUGUGAAACGAUUUUUUAAAGACGUUGCAGUUCUGGCGAAGUCUGAUGCAGAUUGCUAGAGGUGGUGUCCGAUGAUAUUAAGACUAAUUAUUUCGAUUUUCUGGGCUCAUGUCAUUAUUAUCCAUUCUUGAGGAC